AUGAACGAUGAAAGUUUCAAUAUGCCAACCAGAUUGGAAAAAUUAUUCAUCUUUCAUAAAUUAAUUGAAAAUGAGCCAUCAGAGAGUCAUACCGCAAAGCGACAGGCAACUAUUGUACCCGAAAUUAUUGCUAAAAUAUAUAGUAUAAGGAACCAUCCAACAUUGAGUAUUCCGCAUAAGCUGCGUGUCACCAUUGGUCGAAGUAGCUCGUGUGACGUCCGAAUCCAAGGAUUAGACGUGUCGUCCAAACAUUGUGAGAUGAACUUGAUUACACUACCGCAAAGUGAUAGCCAAAUGGAGUACUUGAAUAUUGUUGACUUGAGCUCGAAUGGACUUUAUAUAAAUGAUGAGAAGUUAGGGAAAGGUUCGAAAGUGAUUUUGAAAACAGGUGAUAAGAUUGCCUUUGCAAAAACGGGAGGAACAUAUAUAUUUCGAUAUAUGGGAGACGAUUUGCCUGAAGGUUCUCAAGUGAAGAAGCAAGCUUUUUUCGAUGAGUACAUCAUUGGUAAGCAGUUGGGCUCCGGUCAUUAUGCUGUGGUUAAGGAGGCCAAGUCCAAAAGGACGGGCGAAAUAGUAGCGGUCAAAGUCUUUCACCCCAACAAAUCCUCAUCUGGUUCUGGAACUCAGGAUAAAAAAUUGCAACAAGAGAUGGAUUUGCUCUUGUCGAUCAAUCAUCCUAAUAUUGUACAAUAUCGUGGCCAUUAUAUAGAACCAAACUCGAGUGGUUCGGUAAACACUUACUUGGUGUUGGAGAAGAUGAAUAGUGGAGAGUUGUUUCAACGAAUAAUCAACAAGACCAAGUUGGGUGUCAACGAGACCAGAGCAAUUUUUAAACAACUACUAUCAGGAUUAAAAUAUCUACAUGACCAGAAUAUUAUUCAUCGCGAUAUCAAGCCCGAAAAUAUCUUACUUGACGUUGUACUGCGUACAAACCCAGACCAAGAGCAAUUGGGGCCCUGGGAUGAAAAUGAACUUGAUGUUGUUGUUAAAAUCGCUGAUUUUGGGUUAGCAAAGUUCAUUGGUGAGUUGAAAUUUACAAAUACUUUAUGUGGAACACCGGCAUAUGUGGCGCCGGAGAUCUUGAGAUUAGAGCUGAAACGAAGUUACUCAACAAAAGUUGAUCUUUGGUCCAGUGGUGUAUUACUAUACGUUUGCUUAAGUGGGUUUCCUCCUUUUAGUGACGAGCUUGCACCUCCAAACAUGAAGGAGCAGAUACUCGAGGGGAAGUAUGCUUUUUACUCGCCCUUUUUUGAUGACAUUAGCGAUACAGUCUUGGACUUGAUCACCAAUUUACUACGUGUUGAUCCGGAAGAGAGGUUUAACAUUGAUGAAACAUUGGGUCAUGAGUGGUUUACCGAACUAGAAUGA